CUUCCGAGGUAUUUGUUAAAGUGUCCAUUUGAAGCAGUUUGUCGAGGUCUGUGUGAAUUUUUCUGCCGAGUGUCAUUUUGAGGAAGUGACAGAACCGUGAAAUCAUGUCUGACAGGAAACGAAACGGGGAUGUGGACAGUUCGUCUGACAGAGAGAAUUACGUAAGUGGUCAGUUUAUAUAUGCUUCGGACACAACGACCAGAUCUGCUUUAUCGGACAGACCGUUGCAGGAUGGUUCCAACCAAUCCUGGACCUAUUCUAUUGACAAUGUGAUAAGAAGAUCUGAUUCGGACAGACCAAGCUUCCAGAAGAUGAAGUCGACCAGCGUUUACCUGAGACCACACACUCCUGUAAGAAACGGCGGCAGGGACGUCCUGAGGAGACGCCGCAUCGCCGCCAACGCACGUGAACGACGACGGAUGCAAAGUCUCAACGUUGCCUUCGACGAGCUCCGGGAUGUCAUUCCAGCAUUUAGUGAUGACAGGAAGUUAUCCAAAUAUGAAACUCUUCAAAUGGCGCAGACAUACAUUGCGGCUCUGCAGGAACUGCUGGACAAAGACUGAAGGAAAUUUCAUACAGAACAACAGGGAAGAUUUUCGCAGAAAUCCUAGAGACCACGGGACUUUCAGAAUAAAAAGACUUUAAAGACUCACUCACGUCACAGUGCUAUAUGUGACAUGGCCAUUGUGCAAUGAACAAAUGACACUGUCGGAACGAAAGCUCAACUGAUGAAGAUGAGAGGUUACCAUGACGAUACUAGUGCAAUUUGUACCAUAGCUUUAACAGUGUAUCACUUGUAUAUAACAUUUAAUCAUGCGGGACUUAACGGAUUUGCAGAUGGAAAUGAGAUAUUCAUCCCCGUAUCUAGUUCUGACAAUGGAGCCGUCAUACUGUCAACGGUGAUUCAGAAGUCAGGUAAACAAUGACUCACCUUCGCAAUUGACUUGCAUGACAUGGCAAAAUGCAACAUGAAAAAUAUCAUAUUCCUUGCCAGUAAUAUUUCUAUAUUUUUCGACUUUAUUGUUCAUGUUCCAUGGAUCUUCCAGAGAUAUUGUUCGGCUUUAGGAACAAUGGCGAAUUAUUUUGUAACGACUGAAAUAAAAUAUUUAUUGAGAA